GGGCCUGCCAGGCUGCUCUACGCUAACUCCCUUGUCUUACCUCGCCGGGCAGAGCUGGGCCGCCAGCCCGACACGGAGUCCCCCUGACCGAGGCCCCGGCGAGCCCGGUAGCUGUCACCAGUCUCGAGAGCAACGGCUUGAGCCUGGGGCCUCCCACAGGAGUGGCCGGGAGGGUGCGUGAGAACCACUUCUACGCCCUAGUGCCGGAGGCUUCUGUAAGCCCGAUCGUGAGCGGACAGGUUCCGGAGGCCCCUCCUGGCCAGGCAGGACGUCUCCUGGCGUUCCCGAGGAACCUGGCCUGGCCAGGAACAGUCGUAGCACCGAUCGCGCCCACCCCCCAGCAGGGGUCCAGCACAGGCUUGCUCUUCUGCUUUGUCCCUUACACACACAGCGCACGGUCCCCAAACAGUGCACCUGCCGGCGGUCCCAACCCAGCGGGAGAAGUGGACAUGAGGUUGGCAGGCCCCUUCCGCAUCGUGGCCCUAGUCAUCACUGUGGGUCUCACCUGGAUCUUAGUCACCAUCCUCCUGGGUGGGCCUGGUGGUGGCUUUCCUCGAAUCCAGCAACUCUUCACCAGCCCAGAGAGUUCAGUGACUGCAGAACCACGGGCCAGGAAGUACAAGUGUGGCCUGCCCCAACCAUGUCCUGAGGAGCACCUGGCAUUCCGCAUGGUCAGUGGAGCCGCCAACGUCAUCGGGCCCAAGAUCUGCCUCGAGGACAAGAUGCUUAUGAGCAGCGUCAAGGACAAUGUGGGCCGUGGGCUAAACAUUGCCCUGGUGAAUGGGGUCAGCGGUGAGCUCAUUGAGGCCCGGGCCUUCGAUAUGUGGGCUGGAGAUGUCAACGAUCUUUUGAAGUUCAUUCGGCCAUUGCACGAAGGUACCCUGGUGUUUGUGGCAUCCUAUGACGACCCAGCCACCAAGAUGAAUGAAGAGACUAGGAAGCUUUUCAGUGAGCUGGGCAGCAGGAAUGCCAAGGAGCUAGCCUUCCGGGACAGCUGGGUGUUUGUGGGGGCCAAGGGUGUGCUGAACAAGAGCCCCUUUGAGCAGCAUGUGAAGAACAGUAAGCACACCAACAAGUACGAGGGCUGGCCGGAGGCGCUGGAGAUGGAAGGCUGUAUCCCCCGAAGGAGCAUAGCCGGCUAGCACAGCUGAGCUCCAGGACCAGGCUGAGGGAGGCGGCAUGGCGCCAGUGCAGGGUGGAGGCCUUGCCCUAUGCCCAGGAAGGAGGCUCCUCAGCCCCAACACAUCCGGGCUCCAAGGCAGUGACCAGAUGGCCUCAAGGUGAUGGGGGCCACGGGGCUGGCCCAUUGCACUUUGUCACGGGAGCCCAUCUCCUUGUUUUCCUAAAACUGGCCCUCCAGUCAGCCCCCAACCCCCAUUCUCCUCCACUCCUCAUGUCACCUUCUUCCAAUCCCUGAGAGCCCACGGUGGCAAGAGUGCUGGGUGCUUGCCCCCAUCAUUGUAGCAACCAUCUGGCAGGCUGGGGCCUCUUCCAGAACAUCUCCCUUCUAGAGGCGUUCAUUGUACUGCAGGGCAAACCUGUUUCCAAUGUGAUUCCUGUCAGUGAGCCAAAUCUGAUGGCCACUUCUGCAAGCCUGACUGCCUCCUGCCUCACUCUCAGCAGGAGCUGACCUUGGGUGGCAAGGUAGUCGGCACCUGAUCAAAGUUCCUAAGGAAUCAUGUGGCAGCAUGCAACAGCCUGCAGUUGUCAGAGGGCCCACCUUCUAGAUGGCCUCUUAAUAAAUUGAUGGCCCCCAAUGGAAUAAAAUGCAUCCAGAUGUUGUCCUUAGUGAGUCAGGGGUGCUGUUGUCCUAUGUGUGUGGAGGGGACAAGUCCCAGAGGCUCAGCCAACCUAUUCCCUGCAGUGGCCCUGCAGACAGCCUUUGUCUUCAGGGCCACUGCCAUCAACAGGCUCUGCUGUGGCUCAGAUGUGACUCAGGUUGGUAAGCAGAGUAGCUCCCCAGCUGGCAUCAUCCAUAGCCUUGACUGGGAGAGAUGGCUCCACCCUCCAGGAGAGACAUAAGAACUAAAACCAUCCCAGGUGCUGGACUAUCAAAUAUAGGGAGGCAGAAGCAGUGUCUGAGUUCAGAAAAAGAAAAGGCAGUUUGGACUUCCUAAGUGGGAGGAGUCAAGGGCAUCAUGGUAAUUUGAGGUGGCCAUGUCAGGGGUGAUGAGCUUAGGAGUGGCAUUAAAUGCCGCCAGUCCCAGAGAAAGGGCUGAGUGCAAACGAAACCUCAAAAAAUGAAAGUAUUUCAGUGGCAGGUAGAUGUUGAGUCAGAGGCAUGGGGUGCCCAGGUGGAGAGGCCACCAUGGUGGAAACGGGUGUACCCAGAGAAACAAGGAUUCAGCUUGCUUAUUUUGUAUAUAUGAAAUGAUAGCAGACAACACCCAGCCUUGAGUCUGUGCUAAACUCUUUACAGUGGAUUCCAUCCCCAGCACCACAAAAAAAAGUCCUAGGGCUGGGAGUGUGGCUCAGUAAUGGAGCACUUGCCUGUUACAUCUGUCUACUCCUUUUUUCAGGAGACUUCCUUUUUUUGGAGCCAUUUUAGGUUCACAGAAAAAUGAGCAAAAAUUAUAGAGAGUGCCU